AUGAAAAGACUAUUAUUAUCUUUAGGCCUAUGGCCGAAAGAAAAUCCAACAUUAUUUUAUCGUCUAUUAUCGUACUUACAAUUACCACUAAAUUUUGGAAUGUCAUUGGCAAUAUCCAAUUUCGUACGGCUACACGCGAAUAGCAUUAAAUUUUUAACAAAAAGUUUUGGUGUUAUGACGACAUAUUUCUCAUCAACUCUUAAGAUAACAUGUUUAUUGAUAAAUCGUAGAGAAGCAUUGGAACUUCACCGUACUCUAGACCCGCAUUUUAGUAAACUAGCUCAAGACGUUGAAAUGAAAAAAAUUAUUUUUAAAAAAUUUACGAUGUUAAAAUUGAUAACGUGGUUAUUUUUCUCCUGCGUUUUUAUAACCUUAUCAGCAAUGAUCAUUACACCGUUGAUAGAUAUUGCGAUGCAAUAUCAUAAAUAUGGAAAAAAUAAUAAAUAUCCAUUAAUCUACCCAAGUAAAUAUCCAUGGCAAACAUCGAUGAACGGAUGGCCAUAUAAAGUGACGUAUCUUUUUGAAUCACUGGCGACAAUGUCUUUAUUUUGUAUAACAUCAAGUGUCGACUCACUAUUUUUGUUUUAUAUUUUCCAAAUAAUUGGGCAACUAAGGGAAAUGUCGUACAGUAUCACAAAUACAAAUGGAUUUAAUGAUGACAACGAAAAAGAUGUUGUUUUACGUAAAACAAUAUAUCAAUAUCAGACGUUAAUCAAGUGCCGUGAAAUAAUUGAAAAAAUAUAUGGACCUAUUAUUUUGUGGAUCAUGUGCACUAAUGCAGUUAUUAUGUGCGUUUUUAUUUUCCAAUUUAUGCAGAUGAAAAAUUUACCGAUUAUAAGAUUGAUGAUUAUAUUUACAUACGUUUUAUCCAAAGUACUACAAACAUUCAUAUAUGCCUGGAGUGGAACAUGUCUCACUGUAGAGAGUGAAGAUUAUAGAAAAGCUGUGUAUAAUAUGAAUUGGUAUGGCAAUAAACGUAUUAUGACUUCAGUUAUUAUAAUGCUUGCGCAGAAACCUAUGGUUGUGACUGCUUGUGAUUUCUCAAUUGUUACGGUUAAUAUUUUUGUCAUGCUAAGGGAAAUGUCGUACAGUAUCACAAAUACAAAUGGAUUUAAUGACGACAAAGAAAAAGAUGUUGUUUUACGUAAAACGAUAUAUCAAUACCAGACGUUAACCAAAUGUCGUGAAAUAAUUGAAAAAAUUUACGGACCCAUUAUUUUAUGGAUUAUGUGCACUAGUGCAAGUGAAGAGUAUAGAAAAGCUGUAUAUAAUAUCAACUGGUAUGGAAACAAACGCAUUAUGAAUUCGGUUAUAAUAAUGCUUUCGCAAAAACCUAUGGUUGUGACUGCUUGCAGUUUUUCACCUGUCACCGUUGAUAUUUUUGUUAUGGUUCUAAAAACGACUGCAUCAUAUUAUUUUCUCUUAGAGACGUUUGAAGAGAAGUGA